GGUGUCAUGAUGCUGUGUAACGAAGAAAAUACGAAAAUAUAGAUCACCACUCUAAAUUAGUGUGAUACUUAACCUUCGUCUUUCCUGUAUCAUUUAUUUGAUCAUCACACACUUUAUGAACUUAAAGAAAUUUGUCUCAAAAGAAGCGCAUGAGCGAGUCUGUCUUCAAUAAACAAUCUUCUUAUUCAUAUUGAUAUCCAGUUCAAAUGGAACAACGAAAGUUGCAUCUCAUUUUUUUCUUCAUGCUAAUGAGUUGCGUUCAGUCAAUGACGUCACAGGGAACUACACAAAACUCCACAGUGGAGGUACCACUUCUGGACAACCAGCAGAUGCCUUUAGUGGCUCUUUUUGACACUACUAAACUAAACCAAGUGCUGAAGGACUAUAUUAUAAAGACCGUUGAGGCAGCUACUGACCAGAGAAUUCCAGUUAUAAAAACGGCUGUCAUCGAAGAUAUUGGAUAUGAACCUGGACGAAACCAGGAAAGACCUGCAUUUACAGCAUCGCUGACAUCAUCUUUAACUCUCCAAUCAAAUGAAGUACUCAAAUUUGACAAGGUAUGGCUGAAUAUGGGCAAUGUGUAUAAUCCUACUACAGGCGUGUUUAUGGUUCCACGAAACGGGCUGUACUUAGUUUCAAGUACUGUUAUGGCCACAGGAGGAAUACAUUUACACUGUCAUCUCUGGAAGAACAACCAAUCAGAUGUAGGAAUGUUUGGAACUAACUAUUCUACGGGAACUCUAAACACUGUAAUGGCCUUGAAGAAAGGGGACAUAAUUUAUGCUAAACAUGACGACAAUAAAGACGGUGAACAAAUUUACGGAAAUCACUGGAGCAUGUUUUCUGCAUAUCUAAUAAGUGAAAAUGAAAUUGAUGGAAGCUAAUACGUGGUAAAAAUAUGAUCUACACAAGCUAUGUUUAAAUACAAAAAAAAAUAUCCGGUAUUUUCCACCUUGA